UCAACAAUGUGGGCAUUUCCUAUGUUUAUCCUGAAUAUUUUCUUGAUGUUCCAGACCUGGAUAAAACAAUUGACAGAAUGAUCAACGUGAACAUCAUGUCUGUUUGUAAGAUGACACGAUUGGUGCUGCCCGGCAUGCUGGAAAGAUCAAAAGGGGUGAUCCUGAAUAUCUCCUCAGCUGCUGGGAUGUAUCCAACUCCACUGCUGACUCUUUACUCUGCAACCAAGGCUUUUGUGGAUUACUUCUCCCGAGGCCUCCAUGCAGAAUACAAGAGCAAGGGCAUCAUUGUGCAGAGUGUUCUACCAUAUUAUGUGGCAACAAAAAUGUCCAAAAUCCGGAAGCCGACCUUCGAUAAGCCCAGUCCUGAGACGUACGUCAGAGCUGCCCUGGGAACGGUCGGGCUGCAGACCCAGACCAACGGCUGCCUGCCCCAUGCGCUCAUGGGCUGGAUCUCCUCUCUUCUACCUACAUCUACUGUCAUUAAUUUUCUCAUGAAAACAAACAAACAAAUACGAGCUCGUUACCUGAAAAAAAUGAAGGAGAAGUAA